AUGGCCGAUUACAAUUAUGGUGGCUCCGAAGAGGAGAAUGCGGAGUUGAAGAAGCUGGAAACUGAGCUGCUCGAUGAUCCCGAUAACUUUGAGACGUGGGAGCGCCUUGUGCGCGCGGCGGAAGCCCUGGAGGGAGGCAUCAACCGCAACUCCAACCCCCAGGCCAUCACCACCGUGCGCAAUGUCUACGACCGUUUCCUCGCCAAGUUCCCCCUGCUGUUUGGAUACUGGAAGAAAUACGCCGAUCUAGAGUUUUCGAUUACCGGGACGGAAGCUGCUGAUAUGGUCUACGAGCGUGGUAUCGCGAGCAUCUCCCCCUCGGUCGAUCUCUGGACCAACUACUGCUCCUUCAAAGCUGAAACCUCCCACGAUGCCGACGUCAUUCGAGAGCUGUUUGAACGCGGUGCAAGCAGUGUUGGUCUAGACUUCCUCGCCCAUCCCUUCUGGGACAAAUACAUCGAGUUUGAGGAGCGCGUGGAAGCGUUCGAUAAGAUCUUCGCCAUUCUGGGUCGCGUGAUCCACAUCCCCAUGCACCAGUACGCUCGCUACUUCGAGCGCUACCGGCAGCUCGCACAAACUCGCCCCUUGGUCGAACUCGCCCCGCAAGAAACCCUCUCUCAGUUCCGCGCCGAGUUGGAUGCGGCCGCGGGACAUGUCGCUCCCGGUGCCAAGGCGGACGCAGAGAUCGAGCGCGAUCUUCGUUUGCGCGUCGAUAGUUACCACCUCGAGAUCUUCUCCAAGACCCAGACUGAGACGACGAAACGCUGGACCUACGAGUCCGAGAUCAAGCGGCCGUACUUCCACGUCACCGAGCUGGACGAGGGUCAGCUGUCGAACUGGAGAAAAUAUCUGGACUUUGAAGAGAGCGAGGGCGAUUACGUCCGGGCUCAGUUCCUGUACGAGCGCUGUCUGGUGACCUGCGCCCACUACGAUGAGUUUUGGCAACGCUAUGCCCGUUGGAUGGCCGCCCAGCCCGGCAAAGAGGAAGAAGUCCGUAACAUCUACCAGCGCGCUAGCUGUCUGUAUGUUCCAAUCGCCAACCCGGCCAUCCGUCUGCAGUACGCCUACUUCGAGGAAAUGGCUGGCCGCGUGGAUGUGGCCAAGGAGAUCCACGGCGCCAUCCUGAUCAACCUGCCCAACCAUGUGGAAACCAUCGUCUCGCUGGCCAAUAUGUGUCGGCGCCACGGCGGACUGGAAGCUGCCAUCGAGGUGUACAAGUCCCAGUUGGACUCGGCAGAAUGCGACCUGGCCACCAAGGCGGCACUGGUUGCCGAGUGGGCCCGCCUCCUGUGGAAGAUCAAGGGCUCUCCCGAGGAGGCUCGCCAGGUCUACCAGACGAACCAGCAGUACUAUCUUGACAGCCGCCCCUUCUGGGCAAGCUACCUGAUGUUCGAGCUGGAACAGCCCACCAGUGCGGCGACCGAGACUGUCCAAUACGACCGCAUCAAGCAAGUCAUCGAGGACAUCCGCUCCAAGAGCACCCUGACGACGGACGCCGUGAAGGAGCUCGUGCAGACCUACAUGACCUACCUCCUGGAGCGCGGCACCAAGGACGCCGCCAAGGAGUACAUGACGCUCGAUCGCGAAGUGCACGGCCCGGCCUCAGUAGCUCACCCGAAGACCGGCGCUGCCGCCGAGCAAGCCGCUGCUCAAGCCGCUGCCCAGAGUGCCGCCGCCGCCGCCGCCGCCGCCGCUGCGCAGGCCACGCCGGCUCCCCCUCCUCCCGCAGACCCGGCUGCCGCCGCAAAUGCCUAUGCUUACUAUCAGCAGACUCCGGUGAAUGGCCAUGUUGGCGCCUAA